AUGGAGUCUAGCAAUUUUCAUGUUGAUAGAAGGGCGGAGAAAAUGAUAAUAAUAAGAUACAAGGAAUGUCUGAAGAACCAUGCAGCUGCAAUUGGUGGCAAUGCAAUCGAUGGGUGUGGUGAGUUCAUGCCUGGUGGAGAAGAAGGCACACUGGAGGCUCUCAAGUGUUCAGCUUGCAGCUGCCACAGAAACUUUCACAGAAAAGAGAUAGAGUCUGAUUCUAAUUCCACUCCUUUGAUUCCUGAUACUACUCAGAUAAGGCCCAUUUUGGCGCAUUUAUGUGCCAACAAAAGUGGCUCCGUUAGUCCUUCUGAUCAGUCUGAAGAGAAGGACUAUGAAGAUGGGAUCAAUAAGGAGCUGGAAAUUCCAACUGAAAAGGUGAAGAAGAGGUUCAGAACCAAGUUCACACAAGAACAGAAGGAGAAGAUGUUGGGUUUUGCAGAAAGGGCAGGGUGGAGGAUACAGAAGCUAGAGGAAUCUGUAGUGCACAAGUUUUGCCAAGAGAUUGGAAUCAAGAGAAGAGUGCUCAAAGUGUGGAUGCACAAUAACAAGAACACUUUUGCCAAGAGAAGUCUCUCAACUAGCUAG